AUGGAACCCGAGUUCGAGUACCGGCUGCUGUACAAGCGCGGCACUGCGCCCGUGAUGAAAGGCGCCGACCUGCGCCUGGAGCUCGAGACCACGGGCGUACCGCCCGGCGGCGUUCGCUGGGAGUUGGAGACGCGCUAUCGUCCGAGUAAGGUGGCGUACCGCGACGUGAUGAUGCAGAGCAUCCUCGCCAUGUGCAAGCAUCACAAUCUGACGCCGCUCGAGAUCCGCACUCCUUUCUCGCAGUGCAGUGGCAGCUACAUCGACGUCAUCUUCGCCAAGGGCGAGGACGUGAUCAAGGCCUACGAGGACGAGAUCACCUUUGACUUCUACGGCACGCAGCCCAAGGUGUUUGAUCGCGGUAUCCCCGACAGCAAGCAUGUUGCAAUGUGCAUCCAGAUGCUGCCGGCCGACACCAACCUGCAGGAGGUGCUGGAGAAGGUGAAAAGCCACCCGCGAAUCCGCCAGGCGGGUAAGGUGGUCGACGUCUGGUCGAUGCAUCAUCCCCAUUCGACCACGUUUGCAGGCAGGGUGCUGGUGCUGCUCGAGCUCCACACCGAAGGCGACAGUGUGCCCCUCAGCGCGCGGGCCGCCGUGCCCGGAUGGUUCGAGUACCGCGGACGCGUCUACCUUGUGCGCUUUGCGGGCCGCCCUGCAUGGUGCUUCCAGUGUCGGUACAACGAAGUAGGCAAUUUCCACAGUGCCAGCACUUGCCCGCGCAUGAGCUGCAUCGCCUGCAAGCAGACCGGACACACGUCGGUGGAUUGCGCCAAGCGCCAGAAGCAGGUGGCAAAGAAGAAGCUCAAGGGCCACGACCAGGUGGGCGAGCGACGGGCGGUGACGUCGAGCGAAAGGGAGUCGAUGGAGCGCCGAUUCGCAGAGCUGGGCAUCCGAGACCAGGAAGCGCGAGAGCUUGCGCGCGACUUUGGCGUGCUCGCGCUGUCCGAGAGCGACAUCAGCGGCUAG